AUGCCGUGGUUCGCGCGCGAGCGCGCGAUCGAGAUGGACGAAGAUCUGCGUCGACGCGUCGUCGAGGAUCCGGCGUUCGCGCUCGCGAUGCCGCUCGAGGACGUCGCGCGCGUCGAAUCGGCCGCGGCCGAGCGCGAAGGUCAAUUGUCGCUCGCGAACGGCGAGUGCGCGUACGCGGCGGCGUUCUACGGGCUGGCGCUGCGCGCGCUGGCGCUCGAUCGCGCGCGCGCGCCGAUGGACGCGAGCGCGCGACGAAGGAAACGGAUCGAGCUGCGGUUGAGGCUCGGGGACGCGCGCGCGGGGGCGAACGAGCCGGGACGCGCGUGCGGCGCGUACGCGGCGGCGCUGCGAGGGCUCGGGUUGAUCGCGAAGAAGCGCGCGACGCGCGAGGGCGAAGAGAAUGAACCCGAGGGUGUGCUCGGGCGAGAGCGAAGGGACGGCGAGGAGUGCGAGGAGACGUACGAUGACGGGGGGGACGAGGAGACGUUUGCGAAGGAGAAGCCGCGAAUCGCGGCGGCGUUCUUGCGCAAGGCGAACGAGAGCUCGAGUAAGGCGUCGAUCAAGGGAUUGGUGGACGGAGAGGUGAUGUUUCGCAUCGGUCGCGCGUGUCAAAUGGCGGGGAGGUAUAAUCGCGCGUUGUUGGCGUACGAGACGGCGCUCGUAUUGCAACCCGACGGGCCGCGAGACGCGAGCGCGACGCAGGUGUACUUGGCGUGCGGAGAGAUGUAUUUGAGCUUGCAGAUGGCGGAUUACGCGCUGGAAUGUUUUAGAAAAGUCAUGAAACGACCGAUGGAGGCAUCGCUCGGGACUGGGGAUGUUUUGUGCGAAAUCGCGUCGUGUUAUAGAGUAUUACGCUUGCCCGAGGAGGAGUCUCGGUGCAUGAAGUCGGUGUGUUCCGAUCCUUUGCACAAGCCGAUUCGUACCACGAACGUCAUCAGGGUGGCGUGGUACCGGUACGAGCGAGAUAAAGACGCCGCGCGAGCGCUUCGCGAGCUCACUGAAGCGAAUGUGGUGAAGAAAACGUCCGAAGGCUUGUACACGAAGGGGCGCGUGCACGCCGAGACGGGGAAUUUCGACGCCGCGGACGCGUGCUACGUCGAGGCGUGCAAGAUGGAACCCACGAGCCCGAAGAUUUGGCUCGAGAUUGGAAAUCUGUAUUUGAAUGGAUUCCAGAUCCCCACCAUAGCGGUCAAGGCGUACGGGCGCGCGAAAGAACUGGCGACGUUCAUGCAACUGCAGGAGGACGCGUUGCACGCCGCGCGCGGGUACGGGUGCGUGUCCGAGGGACAGACGAAAUUCGCCGACAGUUCCGAGGUGACGGCGACGCACGAAAACGCCGUCAUCGGCCGUGGCGAUGCAUUCACCGAGUUAGGCCAAGUGAGCUCGGCGCUUCGUGAAUACGAACAAGUUCCCGAAACCGGUCGCGUGCAAAUUCGAAAGAUGAAAAUUAUGAUUUGGGCCGUCGUCGCCUUGCAACGCGCCUACCGAAGGCACAAGGCGCGUAUGAACGCCGAAAUUGCGAGUGGCAUUCGUCGACCCGCGUUACUUCCAGCGGCGCGACCGCAGGAGGCGAGACCAAAGAUAUCUGAAGCGUUGCUUGCCAAACGCGCAAACCGACCAAAGACAGAGGUCAAGCCGGCGAAGAACAAAUACGAGACGAUCACUCGCCAAAUCACUCGCACAGCGACGCCGCGCGAUCGCGCGCCGAUGGACAUGCUGAAAGAUUUCACCAUCAAACCGGCGAAGAAUUACGUCAGCCCGAACGCGUCGCCCGCGACAAAGCGGAAGACGAAAGGCGUCGGUCUCUUCGACUUUUCUCGCGCCGAGCAAAAGACCCCCAUCGCGACGGCGCCGUCCAGCGGACGCACAUCCCUCUUCAAAUGA